CCCAUAGUCGGAGAUCGGAAGGGAAUCAAAACCGUACCGGUGGCUACCGCCCGAGGUCGGGGAGUCGGCGGCGGAGGCAGGCAGGCAGGCAGGCAGGCAGCCAACCCGUGUCUUGGUGGAAGCAGAAAUGGCGAUGCGGAGGAGGCUGCCGCAGUUCCAGACCCUCCUCGCGCAGCAAGCCCUACGCAGCGCCAUCCCAAAACCCAGACCCCUAGCCAACCCCCUCAUGCGCCCCCUCCACUGCCCCUCCACGCCAGCAGCCGCCUCCCGCUCCCCGCUGUCCCACUCCCUCUGGCGCAGCCCAGGCAGCGGCGGGACGCUCCUACCGGUGAGCGCAGCGGCCGUCGCGGCGGCCGCCCGGGCCGCCACCAAGCGGUGGCUGACCGCGCGCGCCGCCGGGUCGCUCGAGCUCUUCUCGCUGCAGCGGAGGAGGUCCUCGGACUGGCUCUCUUCGUCCUCAACCUUCCCCCGCCGCGUACCCUGGGGGCGCUGGCUACCAUCAGCGGACGGGAUGGUGUUGAUGCUUAUGGGCGCGAAUGUGGCCGUCUACAUGCUCUGGCACAUGGUCGAUCCGAUUUUCAUGAAGGAACAUUUCACGGUUUCGCUGGACAAUGUCAAGAGUGGGCGGUUGCACACAUUGCUCACGAGUGCCUUCAGCCAGUUUGUCCCAGGUCACCUCUUCAGCAAUAUGAUGUGUCUCUACUUCUUCGGUUCAAGCAUUUCCAGCAUGCUUGGUCCUGCUUUUCUGUUGAAGCUGUACAUUGCAGGAGCACUUGUUGGAUCCACAUUCUACUUAGUAGAAAAGGCUUUUAUAGCUCCAAGGAGACAGCUUUAUGCAGGGUGGGACAUGCAAAGAAGUAACUCGCUUGGUGCAAGUGCUGCAGUUAAUGCCAUUGUGCUUCUUCACAUUUUUCUCAAACCAAAGGGACGGAUCUACCUUUACCUGCUCAUUCCUGUUCCAGCUGCCUUCGUGGGGGCUGCUUGGAUUGGUCUUGAUUUGUGGAGGGCGAAAGAGGGUCAGGGUCAGACAUCAGCUGCUUCUCAUUUAGGGGGCACCCUAGUGGCUGCUCUUGUGUGGGCUCGAAUUAGGAAGGGCUGGAUCUGACCAUGCAGCUUGUUCAUAUGGAAAUCUGACCGGCUUUCCCAGCUGGUGGUCUCUCCGUUUGACAUUUGUUGUUACACGAGAAAGUUCUUGUGGGUGGAGGGAAUACUCUGCUGCUUAUCGUCCAAGUUUCUGAUCUAGAAGUCCUCAAACAAAUUCUAGAUAGCAUCAUGGCAGAUAUUGCCAACUGAUUGGCCGGAAUUUACAAUCUUAUUAUUGUGGCUUGCAGGAGCAAUAACAUACCACAACUUAGAUUGCAAUAUCGGUUGCUAUAAUGAUAUCCAACUCGGCUCCCGGGAGCACAUGCGCCUA